AUCCAGAUUAAUUUUGAAAACUCAUCCGGAUUUUUUGGGAUUUCUGGAUGAGAUGUUUGAACGCUUCCAACUACAGCAAGCUCAUCCAAAUAUCCAAAAUUUCCAGAAUCGCGAACGAACAACAUCUGAUUGCUGUAUCCAAUUACUGCGUGCGGAUGCCGCGUCUGGAAUUCUCAUCCAGUUUACAAAACGAACAGGGCCAAAGUUCAAAUUCAGGGAGAAUGUCGUAAAUUGCACAAAAUUUAUCAGUUAUCAACUGAUCGCCUUCAGCCAUGUCACUUGUUAGCAAUCCAGCGGGAUAACGUUCUGAUAGUUCCGCAACCGUUAGAUCAACCUCGUAUUACCCUACCCGUCCGAUCAUCUUUAAACACAAAAUAUUUCUUUUUAUUUAAUCAAAAAGAAAACCAAUUUUAUUUUUUCAAAAAUCCCUUUCUUUAACCCACACAGUUUCUCCGUUCAAGCAGCAUUACAACUCUCUCUUCUUCCUUCCACUCUCUGUGCAAAUUCAUGUUUGAAAUGGCGACGGAGCAGCAUCCCAUCUCUCUCCCACCAUAUCCUCAGAUGAUCAUGGCAGCGAUCGAAGCAUCUAACGACGCAAACGGAUGCAACAAAACGGCGAUCGCGAAGCACAUUGAGUCAACUCAGUCCAUUUUACCACCGUCUCACUCGACGCUUCUCAACUACCAUCUCAACCAGAUGAAACAAUCAGGCCAGAUCGUGAUGGUGAAGAACAACUACAUGAAACCAGAUCCACAUGCUCCGCCCAAGCGUGGACGUGGCCGUCCUCCGAAACCUCAGGGAGAUUCGAGCCACGUGGCGAUCCCAGCUCCUUCGGUUUCUCCGCCUAGGACUAGAGGUCGUCCUCCUAAGGUGAAUGAUUCUUCUUCAGAGGCGAAAUCAAAGGUAUCGCCGAGUGUUUCUGGGACGCCACGAGGACGACCUCCGAAGAAGGCGAAGAAAGAAUCGGAGAAGGUUAAAGAGGCCACGUCGGUCUCAGCCUAGCAAUGGUGAGCGUCGGGGUCGUGGAAGGCCACCGAAAGUUAAACCAAGCUUCAUUUAGAAACUUUAGCAAUUUUUAACCUUUUAAAUAAAAUACAGUAUUUCUCUUAAUUUUCGGUUUUAGUAUUUCUUAAUGGUUAAUUGUGUUGUGUUUGUUGUUAUUAAAAAAAUAGGGGAUGAGUAGAGAAAAUGACGUAUGAUGAGAAUGUAACUCGAAUUUGCAUGUGGUGUAAUGUGAACUAGAUUUUGACCCGCGCAGGCGCGCGGGUGUAUAUUUUGAAAAAUAUGUUGAUAUUUGUUUUUCAUGUAAU